UAUGUUUAAGACUAAUGUGGUACGUACUUUUGAAUUGUUCAUUAAGUCCUUUUUGUAUUCUCAGGCUUUUUAGUACUGUUGUUAUAACUGAAAAAGGUCUACCAAACAAAACAGUGGUUCCUUCUCAUUGGGUUAGUUUAGAUAAAUGUAUUGUUUAUUUCCCACCCAAAGGAUUCAAAACUCUUGGUACUUAUAUUUCUGAAUGGGCUGUUCCAGAACCAGUCUGGAAAGAGUAUAAGUUUAUUGAAUUUAUUUUGGAAGCUGGAACAUUGGAGACAUGCAACCAGAUGCUUCAAUUUCAAACAGAAGAUGAGUCAGAAAAUCACGGAAAAUCAAAAGAAGUUCGAGCACCCACUCCAGAGCUAGACUUCAUUUUUAAUUCUAAUGAACCUGUGAACAGUGGAUUUUCUCAAAAGCUGAUAAAUGCAAUUAAAUCUAAAAGCGCUCAUCUCAGAAAAGAUGGUUUUGAAGUGGGCAAUAUUGAGGCACUUGUUGGCGACUUGUUAAAACGUGCAAUGCCGAAAUUGCAAAAAGAAGGAAUUAAAUAA